GAUAAAGUUGAUUACGUGGUUACUGGGUCGUGGGGCGACAAGGCCUUCAAGGAGGCCCAGAAGUAUUCUCAGCCCAAGGUGAUCUGGUCCGGCAAGUCCGAGAAGUACACAAAGAUCCCAGCUUUUGAAGAAUUGGAGCAGAGCCCAGACGCCAAGUAUUUGCAUAUAUGCGCAAAUGAAACCAUCCAUGGGGUUGAGUUCAAGACCUACCCAAAUCCCAAAAAUGGCCUCUUGAUUGCUGAUAUGUCCUCAAAUUUCUGCUCCAAGCCGGUGGAUGUGUCCAAGUUUGGGAUCAUCUAUGCCGGAGCCCAGAAAAACGUGGGCCCAUCCGGAGUGACCGUUGUGAUCAUCAGGAAGGAUCUGAUUGGCAAUGCCCAAGAGAUCACACCUGUGAUGCUGGACUUCAAGAUUCAUGAUGAGAACAAGUCUCUGUACAACACACCACCAUGCUAUGGCAUUUACAUGUGUGGGUUGGUGUUUGAGGACUUGCUGGAGCAGGGUGGUUUGGGUGAGAUUGAGAAGAAGAACAAGAGGAAGGCUGAUCUUUUGUACAACGCCAUUGAUGAGAGCAAAGGGUUUUACAGGUGCCCAGUUGAGAAGUCUGUGAGGUCACUGAUGAAUGUGCCGUUUACUCUCGAGAAGCCGGAGUUGGAAGCUGAGUUUGUGAAGGAGGCAGCGAAAGAGAAGAUGGUUCAGCUCAAGGGGCAUAGGUCAGUGGGAGGGAUGAGGGCUUCAAUUUAUAAUGCCAUGCCUUUGGCUGGGGUUGAGAAGUUGGUUGCUUUCAUGAAGGAUUUCCAGGCAAAGCAUGCUUAAGAUUUAGUAGCAUACAUUACUGGUAGAGUUGUUAGCAUCUUUGGUUUGUUGUGUUUGCUAUAUUUUUGUUGUUGAAUGUGAGUGGACAACAGCAAGAAGUUUGUAUGCAUAUGUUUAUGAAAUUCUUGUCGUGUGGGAUGAAGUUAAUGCCCUAACAAGUUUAGGAAUUUAGGCCAAUAUCCUCUGUUUAAAACUUUGUUGUCAUAAGCUGAGACUGAGAGUAAUGAAUAAUUCAAUUCUGGGCUCUUCUUUCAUAUCAAGUUAAACCUCUCUACUUCUUGAGGCAAUUGUGCUGUAUCCAAGUAAGAAAAACUUUGGGCAA